AGGCCCCGCCUGCCCCGUCUGCCGGGCCAUGGUGGCGCUGAAGGGUGUCCCCGCACUGCUGUCCCCCGAGCUGCUCUACGCGCUGGCGCGGAUGGGGCACGGGGACGAGAUCGUUCUUGCGGACUUGAACUUCCCGGCCUCCUCCAUCUGCCAGUGUGGGCCCAUGGAGAUCCGUGCAGACGGCCUGGGCAUUCCGCAGCUCCUGGAGGCGGUGCUGAAACUGCUGCCCCUGGACACCUAUGUGGAGAAUCCGGCUGCAGUCAUGGAGCUGGUGCCCAGCGACAAGGAGAGGGGCCUGCAGACCCCGGUGUGGACGGAGUACGAGUCCAUCCUACGUGGGGCCGGCUGCACGAGAGCCCUGGCAAAGAUAGAGAGGUUUGAGUUUUAUGAGCGGGCUAAGAAGGCUUUUGCUGUUGUGGCAACGGGGGAGACGGCCCUCUACGGAAACCUCAUCCUCAAGAAGGGGGUGCUUGCCCUCAACCCCCUGCUGUAGGCCUGGUGAAGACCACCUGGGCCGGAAGAGGAAUUGGGGGCACCCUGAGCUCCAGUACCACCACUCACAACAGGCCUCCCAGUGACAGCUCCCAGACCUGGGCCCUGGCCAGGGCUCUAGGGGGCCGGCAGUCUUGGGGUGGGCCCUGGCCAGGGCUCUAGGGGGCCGGCAGUCUUGGGGUGGGCCCUGGCCAGGGCUCUAGGGGGCCGGCAGUCUUGGGGUGGGCCCUACCAAUUGGGAUGAAUGUCCCUGAUUUGUGAAAAUGAUGGAAAAACGUAGUCGCCAAUCAACGUUCAGUCUCAAGGUUCCAAUCCCAGCUCUGUUCUCACUCAGCCUUGUUUGGUGCUGAGCUCAAGGGAGGCUGCUGGCUCCAGAGCGGCCCACACGUACCCUUGACGAAACCUUGAGUGGGAAAUCAGGCCUGGGGCCCUGGGGACACCAAGGGCUGGAGUGGGAGCAGUGGCUGUCCUGGAGGCCUUGAGAGGGGUGGGGACUUCUGCCAUAGCCCCCGGGCUGUGGACACAAAGGGGGUUCUUCACCGGGGUCCAUUCCUUCCACCCAGCAGGAGGGCAGGUGGCAGGGGCUAGCCUGGACGCUUCGGGAGGAACUGCGGGAGCUGUGUUGAGGGAGGUGCCGGCUGGAGAGGCCUGGGUGUGGGCCAUGCCUUGUGCCUGUGGCAGUAGGUGGCCUCCCACUGAAAGCCUCUCUUGCCCUGGCAGGCAGGGGAGGUAAAGGACACGAGGUCAUUUGGAGCCCAGUGCCAGGCAGAGGUGGGAUGCAGGGAGUUCCUGAAAGGGGGUGCCUGGGAGGCUUGCCCUGGGAUGCUUGGACUGGUCCCCAAGGAUGGGGAAGAAUAACCACCAGCCACUGUCCAGACCCUGGGCCUCUCCCCAGGACCCUCCCCCUGCUCCCCAGAACUUGCUGCAGUGACACAGGUACAGGAAGAAGAUGGGGCAGGGCUGGAGUUUGAGGGACCAAGGGCAGGAGUGGGGAUGACAGGGGUUCCCCAGGGCCUGGGGCUGGUGUCCCCAGGGGGCAAGUCCCAGGGUCCCAGACCCACGCUCCGGACCACAGGAGAACCUUGGGGGCACAGGCAAGCCCACCCCGGCUGAGAUCUGGCUCCAAGUCUGGGGAAGGGACCCUGUCUGGGCUUGGUGCAGACUUUGGGGUCCUGUCCGCCUGCUGCUCCCAGAUGGCAGCCAAGGCCUUCUCUGUGCUCACUAGUGGUCAGCCUUGGCCCCAGGGGCCUCGCACUUGCCUGGCCAAUCACUGCUCGUCUCUAGACCCGAUGGCCACGUUGUGGCCUGACAUCGGCAGUGUACGAGCUGAUUGCACACAACCCUCGCCCAUCCCCAGGCUCAGCCCCACAGAUGAGCCUCUGGGGUUAGUGUGCCCCCUCUAGCAUUUUAUAUAAAUGAAGCCAUAUAUGAGCAAAGUAAGUAAAAUCAUGAGAAAAAACAAAGUAAUGGGCAAAACAAAAUAAAAUCAAGAUAGCUUUAAAAAAAAAAAAAAA